CAAAUCUCAGGUGGACAUUUUUGCUAGCCAUUUUCUUUGCUUGAGCAAGUGCUGGUUUAGGUUUGGGGCCGAAACAAAUCGACAGAAAUUGCUGCCAGGCGUGUUGCUGUCGGCGGUUGCAUUUGCAAUGAACCGGUGGAAGGAGAAGACGUUACACUUCAGUAGUUAUUUUGCAUAGAUAUAAAUACGCCAAAAGAAGUUAAGAGUAUCAAACCGAUAGCAACACUUCAACGGUACACCUCGCAUUAUCGCAUCUUGAAACACUAGUGUCCAUUUUGUGCAAAGCCUCAGGGCCGCAAUAAGAAAAGAAAAAGAAGUGUGCGUCAGUGUAAUUUCCGGUCGCAUCCGUCCGACGACAGAAAAAGAAAAUGAGAAAAGUGUGGAUUCUCGGGCUCUUGUUCGCCUUCGCGCUGCUGGUGACGGUGACUAAUGGGCACGAGAAGAAGAAAGAAAGUGCGUUUGAGGAGAGCGGCGGCAGUGAACACGGUGGCGAUCAUCAUUCGAAGAAAGGUGAUAAGGGUGAUAAGGGAUACGAGAAGAAGCACGGGCUAGAGAAAUCGGAAAAGGGCAGCAAGGGCAAGGAGGAGCACGAGUCGCACUACGGGGAGGAAGGUGGCCACAAGAAGGAAAGCCACGAUGAGGGUGAUCACUACAAGAAGCAUCACGAGGAGAAGAAGGGCUCGAAGCAUGGCAAAAAGGGCCACAAGAAGGGCCACAAGAAGGGCUCGAAAACUACCGGUUAUCACCACAAGUCGCACAAGGACGACUACCACAAGGAGCACAAGUUCUACGACGAUCACCAUAAGGAGGGCCACCACAAGAAGUUCGGUGAUUUCAACGAGUUCCACAAGAAGGCCGGUGGAGAUCACAAAAAGGGAGGUCAUCACGAGUCUGCGCACAAGGAGGAUAAAUACGCCAAGAAGGGCCACACCGAUAAGGGCCAUUUCGAUGAUGAGCACAAGGGCUGGAAGCACAAGCAUGGCCACGACUCGCACCAUUCGCACAAGGACAGCUAUGGCAAGAAAGGUGGCAAAUCGGGAGGCAGUGAACACGGCUUCAAGAAGGGAGAUGGCAAGCAUUGAUGUGGGUCGGUCACCGCGUGGGUCCAAGGGGCGUCCUGGAAUGGAAUCGCAUUGUUAGCACAAUUUCUACAUUAUAACAAUUUCAUAAUAAACCGUAUAGAUCAAUGUUA